UUGUUUGCAGGGGGGGGGGGGGGGCCCGUCAACUAUCUCUGCAGCUGACUGCAGUGCUAUGCAUUUUAUAUUUUGGAUUUUAUCCAUAAAGCCUUACAACAAACAACAGAAAUUGACAGCAUGUUCAUGCUUCUUAAUUAUUGUCACUGAUAACGCGACUCGUUGUUUUAAACCCCGCGCUGAUUACUGCCUUCCAAUGUUUCGUUUAGUUCAAACGUAUCGCGAAACCCGACCGAAAUACACGCGAACUGUUUAUCCAGCGGUAUCUCUCUCAGUCACACAAUUCAUUCAGUAUUGUUGGUACACGUUACAAAUAUGAUUCCAAGUAGAUUUUAGAGGUGCAUUUUAGAAACCAGUUUUUAUUAUGAGUUACUAUAAUAAUUGAACGAUAGCAUUAUCCUUCCCUAAUGAGUUAAACAAGUGUGAUACAGUUGUACAAUGGAGCUAAAUCUAAAAACUGUUUCGAAUAGUGUCGAUAGCCGUGAAAAAUAUGCAGCAGAUUUGGAACAAGCCCUUUCAGUGGCAGGUGUGGGCUGGUACAACAUCAAGUAUUGCUUAGUGCUGGCCCUAUUCCUAAUAUCAGCUAUAAUCGAGACAUUGGGAUACGCGUACUUGCUACCCGCCGCUAAGUGUGACCUGGAGAUGUCAGAUGCACAGCGGGGAAUCAUCGCCUCGCUACCGUACUUAGCGGUUGUCGUGACUUCGUUCCCUUGGGGCUACCUCGUGGACACGCGAGGCCGUAAGACAGUGGUCAUCUACAGCUCUCUUCUUUGUGGAGCCUUCGGAAUACUCUCGGCAUUCAUGCCGGAGCUCAUCAGCUUUACCACAUGCAAAUUCCUCGCUUCAAUAUGUUUGGCAUGUCCGGCAGCAGCACCAUACACUUUUAUCGGGGAGAUUCUUCCCCAGGAACAUAGGGACUUGGCUCUCUCCAUUACGAACGCUAUGCAGACCCUUGGAUCCGCUUUAGUACCUUUACUAGCCUGGGGCAUUAUUCCGCUGCCCUUCAGAGCUGAGUUUGGCGUAUACACAUUUCGCUCGUGGCGAGUUCUGGUUAUCGUGUAUUCGGCGUUCUUCAUCCUCGCCGCUUUCCUGAUGACAUUCGGCCCCGAGAGCCCCAAGUAUUUGGUUUCACAAGGGAGAUAUGACGAGGCCCUAGAAGUUCUAGAGACAAUGUACGCUUCGAAUAAAGGAAAGUCGAAGGCGGAAUUUCCGAUCAAGGUGCUUAAAGUUGUCGAAGACUCUAAGAAAGAAAAGGUCGGUUUCUUCACCUCACUUAAGGUUCAGUCCUUGCCUCUAAUGAGACCACCGUACGCAAAAUGGAUGGCUCUGAAUGGCUUCCUACUGUUCGGAGUGUUUUCUACUUUAAACGGUCUUUACAUGUGGAUCCCGGAUAUCCUGAACAGGGUGCUCAGUCAGGGUCGCGACGGAGUCACAGCCUGUGAAGUUAUCGCUCAAAGACUUAAUGAGACUCAUGAAGCAGCAGUUUGUGACGACAGCAUAGACCAACUUACAUUCUUUGUAAAUUCAAUAGCCAGCCUCUCUUGUGCCUUCAUAUCUUUACUGGCCAGUGGCACGCUUAAGAUCAUUGGCAAGAAAGUGCUUCUAAUACUAGUCUACUUCAUUCUGGGCUCUUUCUGCAUAUCCAUCAAUUUUAUUAGAACGAGUAUGGUGUUCGCGGUCUUGCUGUCAGCUAUGCAGAUUAUAGCUGUUGCUGUUGGGCCUGUCAAUGCAUAUGCGGUGGAAAUAUUUCCUACUCAUUUGAGAGGUAUGGCGGUGAGCCUUGCGAUCAUGCUGGGCCGAAUUGGGUCAGUGCUCGGUACAAACCUCGCGGGGCUGCUCAUCAACGCCUCAUGCGAAACCACCUUCUACUUUUUCGGUGGAUUGUUGUUGGUGUGCGGCUUCAUGGCAUUCCUGUUACCGAGAGCAAAAAGUAAAAUAUGUUGCUUCUAAAGGCUACCGUUCUAAUGAUUGAUGAUUAUGUCCAAAUAAUAGAAUACAGGUGGUAGUAUUAUCUUAUUAUUAAGUUUGACUUAUACGAUGAAUAAAUAAAUAUAUGUCGAAAGAAGAA